AUGGAAUGUGGUACAUAUCAAACUCCGCAAUCAUCCGUUUCAUGUAAUAAUAAUAUAGAGAUGCCAUUUCAUGAAUCAAAUGGAUUUUUUACUGAUAAUUUACCUGAAAAUGAUAAAGUUAAUACAUCAGAAAUGAUAUCAUACAAACAUUCCACUCAUGAAAUGAAUAUUUAUUCAAAUUUCCAAUAUAAUAUUCCAUGUGAAAGUGAGGAAUCUAUUAAUGGGAUAAAACAUUCAGUGCAACCAAGAUUUUCGCAUUUAACUAAUGAGACCUGCAAUUUAGAACAAAUGGGAAACCAACAAAAACAUUUUUCUAACGAAUUUGUUAAUAAUUAUAAUCAACUCCAAGGAGCACAAAAUUAUUAUAUCCCUAGAAACGAGGAACUGUCAAUUAACAACAAACUUGUUACAAAUAAUUGUGACUUUUUUGAAACUAACAAACAUAAUUAUUGUUAUUUUUCACCUCAAGAAUCAAAUUUAUCUGAAAAUAAUUUAAAUUCAAAUCAUUCAACAAAUAAUUGCCCUGGUUCAUUUCUAUCAUCGGAAAGAAAUAUUAUUAACAGAGAAAUUGAAAGUGCAAAUUAUAAUCAGUUUCCCUCAAUAUUAAAUAAUAUACCAUAUAAUAUAGAGAAAAAAAAUUCUUUUGACAUUUUUUCUGUUUCUAAAAUACCUGUAUCAGAAGAAGGAUAUUUUAAUUCUAACAAUUCAAGUGGCUGUACUUUUUAUAAUACAGCUAUGACUACUAGUGGUAAUAAUAAUUUUAAUGAAGAUUUAAUGCAAAAUAAUAACCACGUGAAUAAUCAUACUUUUAACCCAUAUGAUGAAAUAUCAAGGAAAUAUUCAUUUAAUAAUUUUGAUAAUCCAAAUACAACAAACAAUAAUUCUACUGAAGAAUAUAUAUCUAAUAAUAAUAAUAAUAAUAAUACAUUUUCUUUUUCACAUCAACAACAACCACAACCACAACAUCACCAUCACCAACAACAACCACCUAACUUAAGAAAAGGUUCUGUAUAUGAUGGGAUGUUGUACAGAAAUCAUAAUUGUCAUGGAAACUCAGUUAAUUCAAAUAUAAGUAAUGAUGAAAAAUUUAAUAAUGAAAGUAAUAAUUCUUAUAAUAGAUUUAUACAUGAUGUUACAAAAUAUGAUAAUAUUGAUAAAGAUAAUUAUAAAAAUAUAUGUGAAAAAUAUAGCGAUGUUAAACAACAACGACGAAUGAGUUUACAACAUAACUUAUUUUAUGGAAGAAAAGAUAGUUAUGGAAAUACUUUUAAAAAUUAUGGUGAAGAAAAACUUCCCUAUAGUCAAUAUCGUUUUGGUCUCGAUCAAAACACACAUCAUAAAUCAAGUGAGCCAUAUUAUACGCCUCCAAUGGAAGUAGGAAGAGGAGAAACAAGUUAUAAUUUGUAUAAUUCGAUAAAAGAAAAAGUAAAAAAACUUUCAAUAAAGGAAACAAUAGUUAGUCCAUUAAAUAAUGGAGAAAUGCUUGGCGUAGAUUUUGAGCACCAUCAGAUGGAAGAGAUAAAAGAGGAAGACGAAGAUAUAUGUAUUACGCCUACUUUUAAUCAAAGUCCUUCAGUGUCAUCCAAUGAAAUUAGUAAAACUAUGAAACCUGUUAGUAAUGAUAACGAUUGUCAAAAUACAUUCUUCUUUAGCAACAUUAAUAAUCAAUCAAAUAAUAAUUAUUUAGAUACUAAUUCUAUUCUACCACAAAAACGUGUUAUGAUUCAAAAAAGAGUACCAUUUCGUCCACGAAUAUCUAUAAUGAAAGUAUCUAAAAGAAAAUGUGGUUGGGCCUGUGAAGGAAACAAUAAAAAUACAUUUAAUGUUGAAGAAUUUCGUCGUCAAUUAUUAAAAGCAUAUGAAGAAAUGAAGUCAACUAAUAAUUUUAAAGCAUUAAGAAAUAAUUCACCAGAUAUUCAAUCUAAUAGUAAUAAUACAUUUGAUAAUAAUACAAUAACACAUGAUAAUAAUGUUGAUUAUGAAUCAUUUAAUUCAUUUGUCUUAGAUAAACCAUACAUGAAUAUAGGUAUUGAACAUCAAGCUAAAAUAAAACCAUGGACUGGUAAGAAAAUUAAGAAAGGUGAAGAAAAAGAAGAAUCAGCAAUUUUAUUGUUUGAUCCUAAAGUUAUUUCACAUUUAACACAAGAAACUGUUGCUGCAUAUGAAGCAUUAGCUUGUUCUGAACUUAUGCCAAAAGGUGGACGAAAUAUUGAAUUAGCUUUACAUAUUUUAUAUGAAAAUAAAGGUAAUAUUCAAGCUGCUGUAAUGGAUUUAAUGAGAAUUGAUCAAUUAGAAUGGGAUAUGUAUCCUAUUGUCAAUGGAACUAAAUAUUUACUUACAGAUCAUUGGUCAAAAAUGGAAAUGAAUGCUUUUUGUGAAGCUAUAUUUAAAACUGAAAAAAAUUUUAAUAAAAUGUCAAAAGAAAUUGGAACAAAAUCAAUAAAACAAUGUGUUGAAUUUUAUUAUUUUUGGAAAUCAGCUUGUCCUGAAGAUUAUAGAAAACUAAAAAAUUUACUAAGAAAAAAACAAUUGUUAAGAAAAGCUUUGUGUAAAUUACCAAUUGAAGUUUAUAUAAAAAUUAAAGAAAAAAUUGACAAUGCCACUGAAGAGGAUGAAUUACCAGAGAUAGAAGUUGAUGAUGAAGAUGAAGAAAUGCCAGAAUUAAUGGCAUCUAUUACUAAAAAUGAUAGUAUUCGUAUAGAACCCCGUAAACAAUUAGAAACAUCAGCUAAAGUUGAAGUCUUUAGACCAAUGGAAACAAUAUCAUCAACUACACCACUUGACAUAAAUUUAUCAUCUGACAACAAUACAAUAAAUUGUGAAAAAAAUAAAUUUUGCAUUGGUGAAUCAAUACAAGAACCAUCUACUAGUUAUUCAUGGAUGCAUAGUGACAAUGCAGUUAUAGAUAAUUGUGAUAAUCCAACAAAAAAUCAAGAAAACAAAAAUACUAUUGUUGUCCAUCCUCCAUCAACACAAUAUCAUGCAUCACCAGUAACACCUAAAAAAGGAGCACAACCUCAAGCUGAUGGAUUUUUUCAUUGUCGUUUAUGUGAUAAACGCUUUGAAAAAGUUAAAUCACUUAAUGCUCAUAUGAAAUCUCAUGCUAUGAAAGCAAGAGCUGAAGCAGAAGCAAAAAAUCAACAAUCAUCACAACAAGCAAAACAACAACAUAUUUUGAUGAAUGAUCAAAAUAUUGGUCAAAAUAUGAUACAUUCACAACAUCAACAAUUUAAUUCAUUACCAGCACAUUCAUUAAAUUUAUCUGGUGUCUUUCCUGACACAAAUAAUAUAACAAAUUUAUUUACAGCAACCAAUCCUUUAACAUCACCAUUUCAAACAACUCAUAGAGAUUUAGCAAACACAUUAUUUGGUCAAACAAAUUCUAAUGAACCAUUAAAUCCCCUUCUUCAAUCAAUGUUUCCUCAAACAUUAAUUCGAAAUCAACAAACAUUAAAUUUAGGUAAUGAAAAAUUAUUAGGAGUUUUACCUCCUAAUGUACCAUUUCAAGUAUCAAACCCAUAUACAAAUUCAAAUAGAAACACACCAACAAUGUUAAAAUAA